UGAAAAGUUUAUGUUUUAAUGAAAAAACAGUACCACUUUCGUUUUCUUAUCCCUUUCUAUUUAUUUUAUUUUCACUUAAUUUCUGUUGUACCUAGCAAUGGAGAUAAAUCUACUUAAAUUUACACAGAUCUUAACCUGACAUGUGAGUUUUUAUGCAACAUUCUCCCAUGAUAGGACUAAAUUCUUGAUAUUGUUUAUCAUUUCGGUGAAUUAAGUAAGAAUACCACAUGACAGUUUGAAACAAACACUCGCCUCUCUUACAAGUGCAACAUCAUAUGCAAGUGUGUAUCUCACAUUGUGGGUCAGAUGACCGAUUGGAUGAUAAUUCUAGCAUAUAAAUACACACUCCACUCUGCCUUAAUACAUUUUCUUGUAACACUUUCAGAAGCUUCUUUUUCUGUUGUUUUCCAGCUAUGGCCGAUCGGGAAUAUGUAAGAGCUAUGUUUGAAGCUGCAGAUACCAACAAGUCAGGAAAGCUUUCCUCACAGGAAGUGAAGAGUCUCUUAGAAAAUCAAUAUGGCACUGACCUUUCAGACGACGUUGUUCAACAUUUCAUGGCAGAACAUGACUUGGAUGGUGAUAAUGAAUGGAGUAUUGAUGAGUUAGCUGAAUUAUUUGCCCCUGCACAUUAAAACAAUUCAUUGUUGAUUCUGAUAUUCAGCAUUUUCAAUUAUAUAACCUUAUUUUAAUUUUAAAAAGUAAUAUCUUCUCACCUUUUAUAUUACGAUAGAUAGUGUUGAACUGAUCAGCAAACUGCUGACAUGCAAGUACUGUUUUUAUUCACCGUAUUUAAAUUUAUUAUGUCUUGUACAUACUCACGCUGACUAAACUGGUAUUUUCACCUGUAAUACUAUUCGAAGUGCGUAUGUAUGUCGUACCUACUUUUACUAGCGGGAAUACAUAUGGUUCUAUCGUGGAAACAUGUAAUCCACCGAAUAGUUGUUGCGUGUGUUGUCGGUUGAAAUUUUGCUAGAAAGAUAUUAUAGGUGUUAGUUGGUAGCAUUUGGUUUGUAAAUGCAGAACGACCGGUUCCGUGUUAAAGGACUUACAUUAGGUACUCACCAACUAGUUGACAAAGAUAUGCUACAUUUUUCACUACACAACCUGAGAUAAAAAUGGAGUAAAAUUUGCAGAUGGAGGUGUAUUGUAAACUAAAACAAACUUAUUCAUGAAUAAGGAAAUAGGAAAAUGAAUACAGAAGCUAAAAACCAGUUAAAUUACUUUUAAACAAGUGUUGAAAAGGUGGUUGUAAUAAUUUGAAGAUUAAACAUAUAAUCCAGAUUUAAAAUUCAGUUAACCGUAAUAAACGCUGAAAUAUUUUCAAGUGAAUCACUUGAAAGGUCUCAUAUUAUUCUGAUAAAUUGUGCAUUUACUUUGCAGGUAUCAACUUAGUCGUAUUGAUCUGUCUCUAGUAGAACAAAUUUUCACAUUGCUGUCUUAAAACAUUGCGUUUAUUCCUAAACAUGGUGGAACUGCAAAAUAUCACUGAGUUAACAAUAUCAGAUCUUCCAUUCCAUGUUACUAACUAGUCAAGUGCACCAGUUUUUAGAGUUCUGUUAUAUCAUACUAUGUCCUAUUCAUAAACAUUCGCAAGUUAAUAAAUUUGUUGGACA